GGCGGGGGGGAGGGGCCGGGCGGGGGGCUGGCGGCGGCGGCGGCGGAUGGACUCGCGGGUCUCGGAGCUGUUCGGCGGCUGCUGCCGGCCCGGAGGGGGCCCUGCCGUGGGCGGAACCCUCAAAGCCAGGGGGGCCGGCGGCGGCAGCGGCUGCGGGGGCCCGAAGGGGAAGAAGAAGAACGGAAGGAACCGAGGGGGCAAAGCCAACAACCCCCCGUACCUGCCCCCCGAGGCUGAAGAUGGAAACAUCGAAUAUAAACUGAAGCUGGUGAACCCGUCCCAGUACCGCUUCGAGCACCUGGUGACACAGAUGAAGUGGCGGCUGCAGGAGGGCCGCGGUGAGGCCGUCUACCAGAUCGGGGUGGAGGACAAUGGGCUGCUGGUGGGGCUGGCCGAGGAGGAGAUGCGGGCCUCCCUCAAGACCCUGCACCGGAUGGCAGAGAAAGUCGGGGCAGACAUCACUGUUCUCCGGGAGCGAGAGGUGGAUUAUGACAGCGACACGCCCCGGAAGAUCACUGAGGUGCUGGUCCGAAAGGUCCCCGAUAACCAACAGUUCCUGGACCUCCGUGUGGCCGUCCUGGGGAACGUGGACUCUGGGAAGUCCACUCUGCUGGGCGUCCUGACCCAGGGAGAGCUGGACAAUGGCCGGGGCCGGGCACGGCUCAACCUUUUCCGCCACCUGCACGAGAUUCAGUCUGGCCGAACGUCCAGCAUCAGCUUCGAGAUCCUGGGCUUCAACAGCAAGGGCGAGGUGGUGAAUUACAGCGACUCGCGGACGGCGGAAGAGAUCUGCGAGGGCAGCUCCAAGAUGAUCACCUUCAUCGACCUGGCCGGCCACCACAAGUACCUGCACACCACCAUCUUCGGCCUCACGUCCUACUGCCCUGACUGCGCCCUGCUCCUCGUCAGCGCCAACACCGGCAUCGCCGGCACCACGCGGGAGCACCUGGGGCUGGCUCUGGCCCUCAAAGUACCCUUCUUCAUCGUGGUCAGCAAGGUGGACCUGUGUGCCAGGAGCACCGUGGAGAGGACCGUCCGCCAGCUCGAGCGGGUCCUCAAGCAGCCUGGCUGCCACAAGGUCCCCAUGCUGGUCACCUCCGAGGAUGAUGCCGUCACUGCUGCCCAGCAGUUUGCUCAGUCACCCAAUGUCACCCCCAUCUUCACACUGUCCAGCGUGUCUGGAGAGAGUCUGGAUCUGCUCAAAGUCUUUCUGAACAUCCUCCCGCCGCUCACCAACAGUAAGGAGCAGGAGGAGCUCAUGCAGCAGCUGACCGAAUUCCAGGUGGAUGAGAUCUACACAGUCCCAGAGGUGGGGACGGUUGUUGGAGGGACCCUUUCCAGUGGGAUCUGCCGAGAGGGGGACCAGCUGGUGGUGGGCCCCACGGAUGACGGCCGCUUCCUGGAGCUGAGGGUCUGCAGCAUCCAGCGGAACCGCUCUGCAUGCCGGGUGUUGCGAGCCGGCCAGGCCGCCACGCUGGCCCUGGGGGACUUUGACCGGGCGCUGCUUCGCAAGGGCAUGGUGAUGGUGAGUCCCGAGAUGAAUCCCACCAUCUGCUCAGUGUUCGAGGCAGAGAUAGUCCUGCUGUUCCACGCCACCACCUUCCGGCGAGGCUUCCAGGUAACCGUCCACGUGGGCAACGUCCGUCAGACGGCAGUGGUGGAAAAGAUCCAUGCCAAGGACAAGCUGCGGACAGGAGAGAAGGCAGUGGUCUGCUUCCGCUUCCUGAAGCACCCAGAAUACCUGAAGGUGGGUGCCAAGUUGCUGUUCCGGGAGGGUGUCACCAAAGGCAUUGGCCAUGUCACGGACGUGCAAGCCAUCGCGGCCGGAGAGGCCCAGGCCAACAUGGGCUUCUGAGCCAUCGCAGCAGGCCCAGCUCUGUCGCUGUCCCUCCAAUACAUAAGGUGAAUUCCGGCACGCUGCCCCCGCUGACGACUGUGUAUUAAUAGGCUCGGGAGAGCCAUGCCCUCUGCCACUUGCUCCCAGCCGGCUUUCUAGAGAGGUGCCAAGCUUGGCGUGGCCAGGGAGAGAGAUGCCAGGGCACUCUUCAGCAGCUGCGUGUCUACCUGGUGGACUCAUCGAUCCUGGUGACCUCCCCCCACCCCCCGCCCCCCAUGGCCUGUGCUGGAGGGAGCUGACCACCGCCUCAGCCCCGGGACUUGAGGCACUGGCCUGGCCACCAGCACUCCUUUUCAUUACCUCUUCUUACGGCCAUGUAAGUUGCCUGUUGCUACCCGACUCUGGACAAAAGACAUUCUCUUCUGGCCCUGGGAUGCUCCAGAGCCUCGAAGAAGUGGCACAGGAACUGUGAAUGAGUGUUCCCACCCUGCACUUGGACAGAAGCCUGCUCCUCAACUCAAUCUCCCUCCCCUCCAUUCAAGGGCCACGUUCCCAGUUUCUGCUGUAAAGGCCCCACAGGUGCUACUUGUCGUGCUGGCCCAGGCGUGGGGCUGCCGAGCUCAGGCUUGGCGACCAGGUCAGCUGCUUGUCCACCGGCCCCUCCUCUGCCGUGACGCUGGUUUUAGUAUUGGGUCAAACAGUCUGUUUCCCUUUCCCCCAGCUUGGUGGCUGGGGACCUGACCCACAUCUCACUGUCCUGACACCCCUGCACCUCCACUUCCAGCCCCCAUGUAAGUCCUCUUGUUUUCGUAAUCUGCAGUGAAUUAUCCCUUUCCCUCUGUUGCAGGGAACCUGGAGGGAAGGGAAAGCAGUUGCCAUAUUUCCUACUUUUUAGGGGAUGGAGUCCCUCCUUUCCCUUCAUAGUGUCCUGGGUUCCACGGACUCAGGGAUUUGUUGAUUGAUGUGUCUCUGCAUAUAUAUAUAUGUGUGUGUGUGUAUAUAUAUAUGUGUGUGUGCAUGUGUAUAUAUACAUAUACA